UGUAAUUAGCUAGCCUUUAGUGCCUAGUAGUAACUUUGAUAUCUUAAUUUAAGUUAUUUUUGAGUCAACCUAAGUCUUGGUCCGUGUGUUCUGUCAAACUAUUUAGUUGUGUUUCACAUGUAUUACUUACAUGUGGGGGUCAAUAACACCAGUUUCGCUGUGGUAGGCAACCAUGUUCCUGAAGUGCUGCAGGCAUUUUUGUCUAAGGCACUACACCAAAUAAGCUGAUGUAAAAUAUUUGAUACAUUUCGUGAUUUUCUAAAUUCAAGGACCACGAUUGCCUACCCCUGGCCUGGUGCUCUAAGUGAACAAGUGAAGCUGUGUAGAGACAACAGGAAAAACGAGUGUACAACUGUUGUGCAUUUGGACUUGGGAAAGGCCACAGCACCACAGACAGAAAGAUGCCACCAAUUUCUGACGCGGAGGCACCUAUGCCAGAGGGGGAUACCGCCGUGAGGUUGUCAAGAGCCGAUUGCCUCUGCCCGGUGUGCCUGGAGAUCCUCAUGGAGCCGGUGACGUUGCCAUGUCAACACUCGUUCUGUAAGCCCUGCUUCCUGGAGACCGUGGACAAGGCCAACAUGUGCUGCCCACUGUGUCGCAAGCGCGUGUCCACCUGGGCAAGACUUAAUAGCCGGAACAAGACGCUGGUGAACGAGGAGUUGUGGCGGCAGGUCCAGGCAGCGUUCCCUGUGCAGUGCCAACGAAGGCUCAGUGGGCAGGAGGAGGAGGAGGAGGAAAACAUGUUGGUCCCCAGACCCAAAGUCAGUCUGCCAGGAGAGGUACGGAGAGAGUACGAGGAUCAAAUCUGCAAGCUUGCAGAGGAGAAACGGGCCCUCGAGGAGGCGGAAAGGAAGGCUAGUGAGCAGUACAUCCAGCACCUGCUCGCAGAAGAGGAGGAGCGUCAAGCAGAGGAGAGGAGGAGGGACGAGGAGAGGCAGCUGGAGAACGAUGAGAAGCUUGCCAAACUGCUCAGCCAGGAACUGAAUCCAAGCCCUAUCUCUGAGUCACAAAAGAACCGGCGGCCAACUGACACUCCAGCAAAGAAGAGAACCAACACCAACGCUGGCGAUAUAGAGAAGUUCUUAAUUCCACAAAGACAUAGCAGUGUCUCCGACAAGGAGAACAUCUCACACAUGGAGACAAACCGCUGGUCACCCAAAGAGCAAGCCGAGUGCCCAAUGCCCUUGCUGGACUUCUACGGAAGCCCAGAGAACUGUCCGAUGCUGGGAAAGGCCACAACAUCAGAGAGUGUGACGCACCAUCCAACUAACGCUGGAGGAAUUUCACUGGCACAAGCACUUCCCCAUGGCACCCCAGCCAAGAGAAAGAGCUGUGUCAUCGAGGAGUCAAACGAAGGGGACCGGGUCAGUAAGCAGUCCUGUCCCUCGUCGUCGUCAUCAUCAUCAUCCCUCUAUCUACCCUAUGGACAGGCAGAAUUAGUUGGGGACGCCCAUCUGUUCCAGGAGCUAGCCCAGAGAGAGGAGGUGCUGUUCAGUCGCAGGCAACAAGAGGAGAAAGACCGGCAGCUGGCACUACAGCUACAGAAACAGCUGAACCGGGAAGAGGCGUUGCGGGCCGUGGACCGCAGAAAGGGCUCCUGCGACCAGUACCAGCUCCGCCAGAAGUCACAGUCGUCACAGAAGUGCAGUAGUAGCAUGCCCAGAAGGGCGCCGUCACAUUCCUCAUCUCACAAAGAGGACAGGGUGUCUGUGAAGCGGAGGCAGUCCGAGGCCUCUUGCACUGCCACACGGAGGGAAAGCCUUUCCCCCAGUGAAACUGCCACCCCCUCCAACCCCCUGAAGAGGGGCAGCAAGCAGACCACCCUCACAGAGAUGUUUCACAGUCUGGGCGACUGACUCUUGCAUUCAAAGCAUCUGUGGCAUCACAACCAGAGCGCCUUUACUCUCCUCUCCUCAUCAGCUGUGAGGCAUCAGGUGUUUGGGAUUUGUCUGUGUUUAUUGAAGUUGCAAGGUGCAGCUUUGGUGUACUUUCAGUCAGUGCACUUUUCUUGGUGGACAACAUCAUGAACUUGGGUACUGUGCCACCCAAUUUGUAUGUUCCAACCCAAAGAAAUAUUGUUUUGCAAUUUGUAUGAUAUAAAUCCAAUUCCUAACAUCAUACAAAAGUCUUGUUUUGAGGAUUCAGGAGUGGAUUCUAUACUUCAUACAGAUGAAUGGGUGGAUUGUGCUGCUUGGACGCUGUUUGGCGAUAGAAUUGUGCCUUUUCAUGGUGUCUCAUUGUUUAAGGCUAACUGGAAAUGACAAUGGCACCAACAACUAGUUUGGUUAACAUUUAUUUUACAGCUUUAUUAUUCUGUUGAGAUUCAGAUAUGUGAUGACUUUGGAAUAAAAGACUACAUGAUAUCA